CAUUGAAGUGGAGGAUCUGGGACUUCUGUGAUGUCAAUCACUUGCUGGAAGGUGUCAUGAAGCAGUUGAACGACAAUCUGGAUUCUGGACUUCACCUGCAGAAAGCAAAUGUGAUUCUUGAUGCAGACACAGCUCAUCUCAAACUCAUCCUGUCUGAGGAUCGGAAUAGUGUGAGACGAGGAGAAAAGGCUCAAGAUCUGCCCAACAGUCCUGAGAGAUUUAACAUAUAUUCCUGUGUCCUGGGCCGUGAGGGAUUCACAGCAGGCCGCCAUUUCUGGGAAGUCCUUGUGGGAAGCGAGGAAGAAUGGACAGUGGGGGUGGCCAGAAAGUCUGUGAGGAGGAAGGGAGCAUUAUUCUUUACUCCUGAAGGAGGGAUCUGGGAGGUGGGGAAGUGGGGGGGCAGUUACAAGGCUUCUGAAAAUGACCAUGAUCCUCCGCUGACCCUGAGUGGGGAGCUCAAGAGGAUCCGAGUGUGCCUGAACUACACUGCAGGGAGAGUGGCCUUUUUCGACGCUGACCAAGCAGCCCUUCUGUACGAGUUCACUGGAGCCUCCUUCUCAGGAGAAACCCUCCUGCCCUCCUUUUGGGUACAUUCAAAAGGCGACCUCCAACUCUGUUAAGGCAGUCAUUUCACACCGGUGCCAUUAUUAAAAAUAUUAGAUGACUAUUUUAUAGCUAUGCAAAGGUCUUCUCCAGGGUCCCAAUCAGCAAAACUGAUAAAUAAAGUUGAGUCUGUUUUCCCCUCCA